AUAAAAGAAAAGCCGACGGAAGCCUAGUUUAAAGAAAGCCAUCCGAUCCAAUCCAGCGUGGUCUUUCUUUUCGAGUGAGUCUCUGCGUAGAAAGUUGCAUUUCUAAGUUUUGCAGGACUGUUCUGUCAAAGAAAUACCCUAACAAGUGGGGGUUCUUACGCUUGUAACCGGGAGAAGAUAUCAGAAAAUGGCGGCAAGUCCGAAACGUGCCCGCGCCGACACAAAGAAGGAGAGGGGGAGGCCGGUAACGAAGAAGAAGCGCAGCGCCUCUAGCAGCAGUUCUCGCUCCAGCAGUGGCGGCAGUAGCGGAGGAGGAGGAGGCGGAAGUUCGUCCAGCGGCAGUUCUUCAUCCAGUAGUUCGAGUGCAUCUUCACGUUCCUCGUCGUCAUCAUCGUCGUCAUCCAGGUCAUCUUCCGCAUCUCCCAAACGUACCACACGUCGACCUUCCAGAUCAUCCUCACCCGCACGACAGCAACAGCAGCAGAGCCGGCGCAGCGGAGGAACCAGCCGACGAAGCCCCACUCCAAAGCCGUGCAAGAUACACGUGGGACGGCUCACCCGCAACGUCACUCGAGACCACCUGUUGGAGAUCUUCGGCUGCUACGGGCCAGUGAAAAGCGUGGACUUGCCUCCGGACCGGACGCACAGCCACCUGUCUCGUGGCUUUGCCUACGUGGAGUUUGAGAGUCCAGGGGACGCUGAACGUGCCAUGAAACACAUGGAUGGGGGCCAGAUCGAUGGACAAGAAGUGACGGCGGCUCCAGUGCUCCUUCCCCGACCCCCCCCUCGCCGCCCAAGUCCACCUAGGCGUGCAGCUCCUCCUCCGCAGCACUGGCAUCGGCGUUCACCUCCGGCACCCCCGAUGCAACGUGGUCCCCCCAGGCGAAGGAGUCCAGCACGGCACCGCUCCCCCCGACGGCGCUCCAAGUCGCCCCCUCCAGCAAGUUCCCGAAGACGUCACGAACGGUCCAGCUCCAGUUCUUCUCGCUGAGGAAUAAAUCGUUUCACUCUCGCACACGCUCGACUUAAAGGUUACCGUCUCAUAUCCAGGUGCACGUACAAUGCCUGGGUACAUGGGCAUUGAAAAUGGUCCAUUUGUCCUUGUGACUUUGAAACUGGAAUAAAUUUGAUUAUGGUGAA